AUGAGUUUAACAAAUUACAGCAGAAGCGAAUUUAGAGAACUUUCAGAAACUAACGAGGGUUCUGAAUUAGAUGUUAAGAAUGACAGUCUCUACAUAGUAAUUCAUGGAUGGAUGAUGUGGAUAAGCUGGGGAUUAAUGGGUUUUGCAAUGGUUUGGAGUAAUAGAUAUCUCAAAUAAUAUUGGAGGCUUAAUAUGAUUAUUCACAGUGUCUGUGGUGCUGGAAUAUUUAUACUUAACCUUCUAUUUGGGCUUGGUGCUAUUUAUUACUUAAAUUGGAAAAUCAAAAUCAGUAUUCAUGGUCUAGUUGGCUCUAUACUAGCUAUUAUUCUACCCUUUGCUUGCAUUGGGGGAAUUAUUGCCAGAAUAAUUUUAAGGAAGCUGCGAUGGAAAACUUCGAUCCAACUUACUGUUUUACGCACACAUACUAAAUCUAAUAACACUCCAAUAUAGUAUCUGUCUUAUAUUACUCUUUUCUUCUCGCAGCUAGCGAUAAUUGGUGGUACUAUGAAUUACACAAAGAAUAAUGUUAAUGGAUCAGUGCUUGCUUUCGUUCACACAUCAUUUUAUUUCUUUAUCCUAAUUGUAUACGAAUCUGCCUAUAGAUACUUUUCUAAAAAAGUAGUUCCAAUUAGAGAGCAUGAAAUAACUAUGGAUUAUGAAGAAUUUUACAAUCGAAUAUUAAAAGGUGAAAAAUUAGUAAUCCUCAAUGAUAAGGUGCUUGAUGUUGGAAACUACAUGACUGCUCAUCCAGCCGGCAUAUUUAUCAUGGAGAAAAAUAUAGGAAGGGAUAUUAGCAAAUUUUUUGAUGGUGGUUAUGCUCUUGAGUAGGAUAUUAGUCCUUGGAAUCACUCUUUUCAAGCUCGAAAAAUAGUUAAUAAACUGGUCAUUGGUUAAAUUAUCAAUUAAGCCAAGAAGUAUAGAAUGAUAGUGCAUAAAAAAAUAGAUAUAAAUUAAAGUACCUCAAUUUUUAAGAUGAAGAUGAUUAAUAAAGAAUAGAUCUUGCAUUGGAAUAUAAAAAAGGAAGAUAAUAUGACAUUUGGUAGACAUUUUUAAGUAGUAUCAAAUGAAUUACCUAAAAUUAAAAGAUAUUACACUAUUUGCAACUCUUUAAGUCCAUAGAUUUAUGAUGAAUUGCUUAGAUUAAUAUAUGAAGCAAUAAAAAAUAACAAUAUAUGCCAACCAGAUUAUGAAGUAUUUAAUAAAGAUAGCAAUGAAUUAUCGAUGGUUGUGAAAAAAUACAAAGGCAAAAUGAAAAUGUCUAAUUUAAUUCAUGAAUAAGAAAACCUUGAGAUGGAAGUUACUGGACUCAUGGGAAAAGGACUUCAAAUGUAAAAAAAUGGAUUAUAUAUUGCAUUUACAGCUGGAACAGGGAUAUUAACUUUUAUAGAUCUUAUUGCAAAUAUCCUUCUCUAGAAUUUAGAGUACUUGAGAUUACCUAGUUAGAGUAAAAAUAUAUAAAAUCCAAUUAUGGCUAAGAAAUUCAUACUCUUCGCUUCAUUUCCUUGUGAAUAAGAGGUAAUUGGAUUGGAAUUGUGUUAGGGCUUGGAUAAUUUAUGCAAAUAAUUUAGUUUGGAUAACUUUGAAUUUAAAUUAAGGCUAAGUAAUGAGAAGGGCAACACUCGAUGGAACUAUUAAUUUCUAAAGGAAAGCCUUCAAAAUAUAUAAAAUAAAUGCUAAAAUCAGAUUAAUUAGAUUUGGGUAAGUGGACCACCAAGGAUGAACUAACAAAUCGAUCAAGACUUUGAAAAGUUAUGCCACUUAUUUAAUAUUUCAAAUCAUGUGGUUGACAUACUUUGA